CAACGGUCCUGGAACCCGGCAGUUGGCCCCCCGCCGGAGGGACACGGGUCUGACUGGCCCCACUCAUGGCCCAGGAGCUGGCAGCCCCGACGUGGUCUCCCUGGGACGAGGACGGCUGUGAGGAAGGGCGGCGCACCGGGCCCCGGGCCGAGGACGGCCACGAGGAAGCGCAGUGCUCCGGGGCCCGGGCCUCGCCGCCAUGCGUGUCCCGCCGCAGCCCCAGCUCAGGCUCGGACCUCAGCGUGUCCGUGGGCUGCUUCCCCCGCGAGGACUCGUCGUCCUGCGAGGACUCGGCGCCCGACAGCCCUCUGCCCUACCACGUGCCGCCGGCCCAGGGCGUGUGGCGGACCCGGAGGCCGGGCCGGGGGGCCGGCGGGAGCCCGGGGCCCUCCUGCACGCUGGGCAUCAGCCUGGCCUUGGACCUGGACGUGAGCUCGGCCGGCUCGGACACGGCGGCGGCCGGCUGCGACCUAGCCGGGGACGCCCCGCGGGGGGCCCAGCGCCUGCCCAGCCAGAAGCAGCUGGCCCUCAGCCAGCUGGACGGACUGGUCCAGAAGCUGGAGAAGUUUCUGGAAACCCACAAAGAGGGCAACGAGGACGACAAUGACUCUGUGCUCCACGAAAGUGCUCACGAAGAGGCCGGCCCGGGAUUCGACAGUCCCAGUCCUGACCCGGCUUGCCACGCCACCGAGCGCACUGGUUCCCAGCAUGCAGUGGACGCCCCGUGCCCAGGAGAGGGUCUGACGCCGCAGGGGCCUGGCCCGGCCCAGCCGGGGUCUCCUGCGGCAGACGCAGCCUCACGGUGGCCGGGCGGCCCCGAGGAGGAGGCCGCGGACACGCAGCGCCCGUCCUGCCUCGCCUUCUGGGGGGCCCUCCACUGGCUCCGGCGGCGCAUCCGCUCCUCCCUGCGGGCCCGCGCGGCCGGCCAGGGGCACAGCGCGCUGCACAGGGGCAGGCGGGUCCGGCCACAGGUGCCGCUGGGGUCGGGCUGCCCCGAAGACCCCGUGCUGUAG